UGAUUGCUUCUGAGAUGUUCUCUGCGGGCGGAGGGGAUGCCUAGGGAGGCUGGAGAGACACCAGCCUCUGGGAUGUGAUCAAGCUAAAGUUCCCGGCCGUACCAGCCGGAUCAAAACCCUCCGCCCCAACACCACACAACAUAGCACGAUUCUUAAAAAAACGAAUACAAACCAGCCUACCAGAUCAACCCUUGUCAAACAAAUCGUCAAAUUUCCAGCAGAUUUAAAACCGAAACAGUUUAAAUAAAUAAUAAAAUGAUAUUGUAAAUAAUUUGUGUCUAGCUAGAAGUGUGUGUUAGAAUAAAAAUUUUUGAUUUUUUUAUUCGUCUUUGGUUUACGUUAAGUCCUUCAAGUGUAGAGGGCCUCGGUCAAAACGGGUACUGUUAUAGAAAAAAAAAUUAAAAUAUAAUAAUUAGGGUUUGGAAAGAAAGAGAAUCGAUUGCCUUUUUAUACAAUAACUAUUAAAAAAGAAAAACUAUUACAAAAAGAAACUGUGUAGUUAGUAUUUUUGUACUUGUUAUGGAGCGGUUUCCUUUUGAAUCAAAUGAUUCCCUCACUUGGUUGAAGUGGGACGAAGACGACGAACUUUUGCUUUUAUGGCAAAGCGAUUCUGCUAAUAUCAGUUACGGCAACGACACAAACAGUACUUUCGACGGGAACGACACUUUGAUAAUAUUGAGUGGAAGUUCGCUUUACCCCAGUGGCUAUUCGCUCUGGCACAUUAUCGUCGCAAGCAUCGUCGUCACAAUGCUGAUGAUAGUCGUCGUCGUGGGAAACAUGCUUGUUAUAAUUGCGAUUGUGACGGAGAAGGCGUUGAAAAACAUCCAGAACUGGUUUAUCGCGUCGUUGGCCGUCGCGGACUUUUUCCUCGGACUGGUCAUUAUGCCGUUCUCAUUGGCGAACAACCUGAUGGGCUAUUGGAUAUUCGGCAACUGGUGGUGCGACAUACAUUCCGCGAUGGACGUGCUUCUCUGUACUGCGUCCAUUAUGAAUCUGUGUCUCAUAUCCCUGGAUCGUUACUGGUCCAUUACUCAAGCGGUAGACUACCUGAAGAAACGGACUCCCGCCAGGGCAGCCAUCAUGAUCACCUUGGUAUGGAUUCUCAGCGCCGUCAUCUGCAUCCCACCCUUAUUAGGGUGGAAGGUGGCACGGGAGGAACAAGAGUUCCCGAAAUGCGAGUUAAGCAACAGCAUUGGAUACGUGCUGUAUUCAGCUUUGGGUUCCUUCUACAUCCCAAGUUGUAUCAUGGUGUUCGUCUACAUCAGGAUAUACUACGCGGCCAAGGCGAGGGCGCGGAGAGGCAUCAGGAAAGCGGUCUCUCGUCCGAGGUCGGAGGAAAAGGUGACCUCUUUUUCCAGGAGGGAACCGAUGACGAGUCCGGUCGACAGGAACAGCAACAACUCGCCAGUGACAGUGACUAUCGAAAAACCCGCCAUCCCAGUAGUGACGUGUGAUUUUGCGUCGGACAUAUCGACGUCGGACAAUGUUGACUUGCCAGAAUCGGGGGUGGGGAAGGACACGCUUCAAGUGCUCCGGCCGCCUUCGUCGACCCUCUCGCCGAACGUCACUUUUAAAGGGAGCACGUUGUCUGUGAACGGCGACCUCGCGGCUGUGACGCGUUGUAGAGCUCCUUCCGUCGGGAUCGACGCCGACAUGGUCUCUGAAUUCGACCCGAGCUCUUCGGAUUCGGGCGUCGUCUCUAGAUGCGCCGUAGUCAAACCCCUAAAACUGCGGUUGUGCAAGCCCAUUUUCGGAAGAAAGAGUUCCAAAGCAAAGCGGGAGGUUAUAGACAUGGGGAAGGUGUCGAGUGGCUCCCAGGAGAUCCCUCAAGAAAUCCCAAAAGUCCAAAAACCCAGGGAUCCGGAAAGGGAGAAAAGAAGGAUAGCGAGGAAGAAGGAGAAGAGGGCGACGCUGAUUCUAGGCCUUAUCAUGGGUUCGUUCAUCGCCUGUUGGCUUCCUUUCUUCUUCCUCUACAUCCUGACUCCGAUGUGCUCCAUUUGUGACAUACCGGACGUCGCGUUCGCCGUCGCGUUUUGGCUCGGUUACAUGAACUCCGCGCUGAAUCCUGUCAUUUACACGAUAUUCAAUAAGGAUUUUAGAAGAGCGUUUCGGCGGAUACUUUUCAAAUGAUGCUUUCCUAUCGCUCCCUCGCGUUGAACUGACAACGCGAACGGCAAGGAUCUACUGUGAUAUAGUCACUCCCUGAACGGCUAUCGGUUGAAUAGUGCCACUGUGAUAUGUGCAUGCAUGACCACCUUCUCUUUUUACAAUUGUAAUUUUAUAGUACAAUAAUUACAGUAGACUGUCUAUUAUUAUGACUUGAGGAUCUUCGCACGGGCACUUUUAUUUCCUGCGAACUGCUGUGCACUGUUGUGAUUUGAAUCGACUUUCCUACGAAUCACGGUCAGGGCGAUGAAAAUAGUACCGUUAGCAAUACCUUCUGUUACUAAUUAAGCACUUUGUACAAAUUGAAAUACCCCAUUAAAUUUUUGUAAAAGUUUAACCCUUCCGUUGUACUCUAUGAUCCGCCGAGCUAAAAACAAAUUUUCAUAAUUCUAUAAAU